AUGUUCUUUUAUUUCGCUCUCAUUAUCCUCGCUCUUCCUACCCCCGGUACUGGCCACAGUGAACAGAGUAGUCACUUGCAGUUUUCAUAUACCGCACCUGAUAAAGUCCUCGACCUUCUGGUUGAUUUGAAGACAAAAAUUAAGGAUCAAAUGGAGCUAGUUGCGGAAGCCAAGUCAUAUUCUCAAGUUAGAGCUCAGGUCGAGGUGGUCGUUGCUCAUUUAGAGGCAUGCAGUAAGGCUAUAAUCGCUGCUGGUAACCAGAACAGCAUUAAUGGGCCUAUCAGCCCGGAAAUCGCAAGCAACGCGGCUGACAUUAUCUCCAUCAUUGUUCAAGCAUGCCUUGAAGUGUCCCUUAGGUUAGGCUGGUUCUUGGUAUUUGGGAUAUUCUCCCAAAUCGAUAUCUGCUUGAAGGAAUUGAUUAACAGUUUGGGAUCAUGCGGUGAGGGCCUAGUCUCUAGCGUCGCUAUGUUCGUCGCAUCAACGUGCACGCAGCUAUUGAUCAGCUUAAACUUUAAUCAAACUAUGACAGCCUUGUCUAUCAACGACCUUUGA